AUGUCGAAAGCGGAAUCCUUUAUGGUUAUCGGUGGCGAAGAGUAUCCUACGAAGCGGAUUAUCCUCAGUUACGUGAUGGCGCAAUUCGACCCAGUGGGAUUCCUCACUCCGGUUACUAUACUUGGAAAAAUGCUGAUCCAAGAUCUCUGGCGGACCGGCUGUGAUUGGGAUACGAAAAUCAAUCAGAUUUCCUUCGAAAAAUGGCGGCGAUGGAUACAAAUGAUGAAGAACAUCGGAUCGUUCCAGCUACCGCGGAGUUAUUUCGGAAAUGCCAGAUCAGAUGAAGUUACGGACAUACAGCUGCAUGUAUUCGCUGAUGCAGGCGAGGCGGCGUACGGAAGCGUGGCGUAUUUUCGGGCAACUGUACGAGGUAAAGUGCAGUGUGCGCUGGUCAUGAGUCGUGCCAAAGUGGCACCGUUAAAACAGAUCUCAAUACCGCGACUGGAGCUUCUAGCGGCCGUUUUAGGAGCACGUCUAUCACGAAUGGUGUUCGAGAGUCAUAGCUUUACAAUUGACCGGGUGGUGUAUUGGAUCGACGCAAACGUAGUGCUCUCAUGGAUUCGAUCUGACCAGCGAAGGUAUAAACAGUUCGUCGGGUUUCGGAUCGGCGAGAUACUCAGCCUAACGAAGUUGACGGACAGGCGUUGGGUGCCGUCAAGACUAAACGUGGCAGACCAACUAACGAAGUGGGGCAAGGAACCCGAAAUGCAUACUGACAGCACGUGGGCGCGAGGACCAGCGUUUUUGUACAAGAGUGAGCAGGAGUGGCCAGAAAAGGAAAUGCCACCAGCGAACACGAUGGAGGAGCUCCGGAUUCACCUCCUAUUACAUGACGUGAAGGUGCCUGCGGUUUUUGUGGACGUAAACCGUUUCUCGAAGUGGACAGUGUUGGUCCGAACGAUGGCGUGCGUGUUCCGUUUCGUGUCGAACUGUAAGCGAAGGAUUGAAAAGCUGCCGAUUGAGACGCUAAGAGCGACAAGCGGACAAAAGAAAGCACGGAAGUCGAGAACCAUUGCAUCGGUCAGAGUUCCGUUGCAGCAAAAGGAGUACGAGAAAGCGGAGCAGUGUCUGCUGAAAGUGGCGCAGUCGGAGAGCUUCAUCGACGAACUGAAAGUGUUAACGAGAAACAAGGAUCGUCCGGUGAGCCAGUGGAUCGAAAAGUCUAGUCCGCUAUACAAGCUGACUCCGCUGAUCGACGAGAAUGGACUGAUCCGGAUGGAGGGUAGAGUGGAGCGAGCGGAAUUUCUGCCAUUCGAUCUGCGAUUUCCGGUGAUUCUGCCGGAUGACCAUCGGAUCACGAGGCUGAUAGUUCAGCACUACCAUGAGAAGAGUGCCCACGGGUACCGUCAAGCAGUGAAGAACGAGUUGCGGCAGAUGUAUUACAUCCCGCACAUAGAUGCAGUAGUCAGGAAGGUAUCAGCGUCCUGCGUAUGGUGCAAGGUGAAUCGUUGUCGUCCUGAAGUUCCUACACACAAAAAACAAAAAUUGUUGCUUUAA